AUGGAAGCAGGCGAUCAAGAGGGGAGGAACAUAAGCCAGGAAGUAGACGACGUAAGAGCUAGAAUGAAUACGAUGGAAGAUUUAUUGCGAGCUUUAGCAGUGUCCAUCAAUGCGCAGCAACAGUCAACGACUCAGCCAGGCGGUACCCAAGGGAUGAAUGGGAUGGGAGAUGCAACGAACGAUCUUAAUGGUCAAACUCAUACAAUUCAUAUUGGUGAAGGAUAUCAGUCAAUGGGGAAUGCCGAUGCUGAGGCACACAUACAAGCUGGGACAAAUGAUUUCACCGCGGGACAGGCGACCGGAACCCAGUCUGGGAAUGGUCACAUCUCUGGUCAGAAGGAUAAAAUAAAGGAUGGAUGGAUGGAGAAGAUGGAAGAGAAGAUCAAAGCUAUUCAGGGCCCUAGUGCUUACGGAUCUCUUGGGGUGGAGGAAUUAUGCUCCACGAUGGACGUGAUUAUCCCUAAAGAUUUCAAGGUCCCAGAUUUUUGUAAGUAUGAUGGAAGUACAAACCCAAUUAUCCACUUGAAGACGUACUGCACGAAGAUGGCAAUAUGGUCCAAAGAUGAGGUCUUCCUCGUUAGUUUCUUCCAUGAGAGUUUGGCCGGUCCAGCAUUAGAGUGGUACAUCCAGAUGGAUCAUUCUAAAAUUGCCUGUUGGAAAGACUUGGCAGACGCAUUCAUGAACCAAUAUCGCUUCAACUUAGAUACUGCCCCAACUAGGGAACAGUUAGGGGCUUUGCAAAAGGUGAAUGAUGAAACCUUUAAGCAGUAUGCCCAGAGAUGGAGAGCUCUUGCUGCACAAGUCCAACCUCCGCUGACACUGUCUGAAAUGUGCUCUUAUUUUCUAGGGACUUUAGGAGCUCCAUAUGUUGGAACGAUGGCCGGCGCUGCGUAUCGUGACUUUGCUGAUCUCAUAGCGGCAGGGGAACGAAUUGAGAUAUUGGCCAAGGCUGGAAAGCUGCCAAUGGACUACAGGCAGAGUAGCCCUCCUAAAAAAGGGUUGCAAUCCAAGAAACGAGAAUCUGAAGUAAAUCAUGUCAAACAACAACAAUUUUUUGUUCCUCAAUACCCCAUGCCAAACCCAGUCCACCAAAUACUAUCGUACCAUCCUACCCCGUAUCCCUCUUACCAAACCCCCACAUUCUCUCAGCCGCCGCCACAAAACUUCCCAAAUUUAAGCACUACGCCCACCCCACAUUUUCGUGUAAAUAACAUACCUACCCCAUCACCAUAUGUGCCAACUCGUCCGUCUUAUGCUCCUCGUCCCCCCACACGUCCACAGUAUCGUCCAAAUUACACUCAACCACAGCAAAACUCCCAAAACCAAACCCCUUUUCGUCCCCAAAAUCUUCCACCAUUUCCAAGGCUGUCUAUCUCCAAUACGGAUUUAUUCCAACGUCUGUUUGAUGCUCAUUUGAUCUCGGAAAACCCUGUGCGCCCAAUGCAACCUCCGUUCCCAGCAUGGUAUAAUCCAAAUUCUACUUGUAGAUAUCAUAUGGGAGUGGCAGGACAUUCCAUUGAAGAUUGUGAGGCCUUCAAAACAGCAGUAAGAAAGUUGAUUGCUUGCGGAAGAUUGGAUAUCCAAGAAGAGACUGGGCCUAAUAUUGUCAAUAACCCCAUCCCGAGUCAUGAAGGAAAGAAUCAGGUGAAUGCUAUAGAAACAGAGGAUACCGUGAUAAAGAAAGUUCUGAGUCUGCGUACACCCAUGUCGGGUAUAUGGGAGUGUUUAAAGAAAGCUGGUUAUGACAUCACGGUGCCAGGGCGUUUCAUGAAGGAUGAUGAAAAAUACGAUGAUGAGUCAAGUUGUGCGUACCACAAUGGACACACAGGACAUGAUAUUGAAAACUGCUGGGAUUUCAAAGUCCGAAUCCAAGGCUUGAUCGCAUUGGGUAUCAUACAGGCCAGGCGAAAGAAUGCUUUUCCUGAAGAGGUUAAUAUAGUAGAACGCUUUGUACUUCGGGUGCCACCUAUUAACAAGCAUCCUGUGCCUGAGAAAAUGGUCAUGAAAGUGAAGAAACCAACGCCUUUUUCUUAUAAUGAUACUCAUGCAGUACCGUGGAACUACGAGACAAGUGUUGAAGAAAUUGGAAACACCUCGAGAGCCAAUGUUGAUGAUACUCGCUCGGUGGAAGAAUCAAUGAACACAAUGAGAGUGGGGGAAGUCACGAGAAGCGGGAGAUUCUAUUGCCCGAAAGAACUAGAAAUGAAGAAAAAUGGAAAGGAAGAAGGAGGUGAAGGAAUCAUCAACAAUGAAAAGAAAGAAGGAAAAGAGGAAGAUGAGCUCUUAAAGAUCAUGAAGCAAAGUGAAUACGAUGUGAUGGAACAGUUGAAGAAAACUCCAGCUAGGAUAUCACUUCUGCACUAA